AAAACUUUAAGCUAAUAUUAAAAAUGAAAUAAUAGCAGAAUUGUAAAUCCCUACGGUUCAGCAUACGGUGUGUAUGGAAAAUCUUCCCAUAACUUAUACCCUUCAGCUCCUCUUCAAGCACAGAAAAAUACAUUGCGACUCAGAAAGAAGAAAAAGGAAGGAGUAUUUCUUCAUCUUCUAACCUAUAGUGAGAAGUAAUUAAGAUGUCCUCAUUUAAUUAUUUAUGUAUAUUUUUUAUUAUUAGUGUUGAGUAACCAAUGUGGUGAAGUAGUUGUUUUAAAUGAUAUUUGCAGGAUCAGUUUUGUGAUUAUAUGUUCCAACAAGCUGUAAAGAAUGAUUGGAAAGCAAUCAUUGAUAACAAAUCAAAAUUCGUCUUGGUAAGUUUAGAUUUAAAAAUGUUGUAGAUUUGUUAUAACUUAAUUAUAACUUAAUUAAACUGGGAUAGUCUACAGGACGAAGGCACGGAAGGCCUUUUUUUAGGCAGGAUCAGCCAUUCUUUGCGAUCUCACGUAACGCUCCCCCAGGUGUUGCAUGACAUUCAACAGAGCGACUGUGAAGGGGACUCCAGGCGAACGAUACGCGAUAAAACUACUACAAAGAAGUUUUUAAGGGUGGGGGGGGGAGCAUGGGGCUUAUUAGUAUGGGGUGGGGCUGAUGAAACACUUGAAGUUCAAGAGGGGGGUUCAAUUCAAUAGAAAGGGUGGCUUAGUACAGAGGGGGCUUAAGAUAGAGGGCGCGGCUCACCAGAGCGUUUACGACUUUUUUUCCUUUUCAGGCUCACUCAUCAUCGGGUCACAAACAUUCGCUCAAAGGUGAGGAUAUAAAGAACCUUCCAAGGAUCUCGAAAUUGAUUUUAAUGAAAUCACAUCUAAUGAAUUGCAGUCGAGAGGAAACGGAUUAACCCAUGUGUUUGUUUUGCAUGAUGUGCAGAAGUUCUGGCGGAUCCUACUGUCACUGCAAGACUUGCAGACACCAAGGUAAGUCGAAAUUGUUUAGAUUUAUAUCUUAAAAGGAAAAGUGUUGGUUGGUUGUUGUGAUAAACUUUGGUUUUGGUUUAACGACACUCAAUCCAAAAAGCAUUCUAAAUCACAGGUCUCGUCAACAGUUCCAGUGACGAGAAAUGUCUCGACGUAAUCGGUUAUUCUCUGCUGAUUUUUUUUUUCUCAUUUUACUUGUAACAGGCAUCAAGCGAAGUAAAAGCUUUGGAUAAUUUCUUCACAAUGUUACAUACAGAACCCGACAGAGCUUAUUAUGGGUAGGUCUAUUUGCUGUGACGUAUCUUUCACUUUAUUAUGAUGUUACUUUUUCAGUUCGUUAUUAUGCAGAAAGAGUGUGUCCAAAGCACGCGGUUUGCAUUGGUUUGUCUUCAACGCUCCUCGUGAUUGGUCCGGAAAACUCGCGCCACUCACUCAACCAAUCAAAUUUAAGAGUAAAACCAAUCGCGCUUGAGUCACCCGCGUUUUCCCGCGCUUGAAGACAGUUUCCUUUCCUUUGCUCAAGUUGGCCACUGUGAUUAUUUUAGUUUUGGUUUCAUGACACUCAAGGGAGGAGCGUCUAUUGUUGCACUUGAAACUCGUUGAACUUACAUCAGCAUCUUCCAAGGAAGUGCUUCUGAUGGAAAAUCAAAUUGUCGAAUGGUUUUUAUUAUCCAAUUAGCAAUUGGUUCCUACGUCAACGUGGGUUCAUCAAGAUAUGAAGCACGCGGGAAGUUUGGAGAGUAAGAAAGAUGCGUCAGAGUUCUCUCUAACUCUAGCUUCUUGAGUGCUCUCCAAACUUCCCAAGUGCUUCAUAUCUCGAUGAACGCACAGCUGACGUAUGAACCAAUUGUUUUAUAAGAGAUAAGAUAAGCGUAGGAAACCACGACGCGAAGCGGAGUGGUUUCCAGCUCAUCUCGUGUUCUCCCAACCUCCCGCGUGUUUACAUCAGGCUAUGUAAACACGGAAACCAUUUUACAUUUCUUCAUUCUUAACCCGGGGAGAAUGGUACACUAUCCAUGUGCGCUACUCGGCUCGAGGGCUGACUUAACCAAAGGAAAAUCGUUGUUUUGGUGAAAUUGUUCAGAUUUUCAACAUAGCAUCUGUAAUUUCUUCUUUAAUUAGCGUUACACAUGUGGAGAAGGCCAAUGAAGCUUUGGCAAUCGAAACGCUGCUUGUCACUGAUGAACUUUUCAGGUCAGGAACGAAUGAUAACGAUAUCUUUUACAAUUCAGGUCAGCUUAUUUUCAUCCUGAAAGAGCACGUUUUUCCUUUCUGCUUUGUAAUUGAAAAUCGACGGCGUAUCUAAAUGAGAACUCUAGAAUUGAUUCACAUAUUAACUACUCUCUCAAAGUAAAAAUAAUGUAUCAGCUGAAAAAGUGGAUAGUAUUAGAAAAUUGCACAAGGAAUUGCUCAGAGUGUGGUGAUUCUUUCAGCAUGUUGCUAGGAAAAGAGGCAGUUUAAGCGCAUCAGUUCUUUUAGCCCGCGAUUCACACUCUAUACGAAGUAUCAACUCUCUGGCCCUUUGCCUUAUGAAUCUCAAAGUGCACAGACAUACCAAAUCAAUAAAAGUCAGUGUGUUGAUUUUGGAAAGAGUUUGAUAGGGUUUUUUUUGCGGUGACGAUUCAUACUGCUCAAAUUGCGAAAGGUUUGGCAAAAACCUCAAAUCAACAAUGUUUAUGGUGAAAUAUUACGACUGUACUAUUUCUCUCUCUUUUUUUUCCUCCAAUGUCUUUUUAGGUCGACAGAUUUGCCAACUCGUAAAAGAUAUGUCAAGCUUGUUGAAAGUGUUAAAGAAAAUGGCUGCGAAGUCAGGUUUGUUACGAGCUUCUAGUUACUAACGCGGUGGAAUGUUUCAAAGUUAAGCAGUAGGACUUGAAAGGGUUUAAAUUUGCUUUCAUUCAAUGCAGGGUUUUUUCAAGUCUACAUGUUUCUGGAGAACGUACGUAUGCACUUUUUUUGUACGUUGUAAUUGAAUUGUAAUUUUUUUUUUAUGUAAAAUUUCGUACAACUUUAUAUUUCUUACUUGCGUCUUGCAGAGCUUGGCCAGUUGUCCGGUGUGGCGGCAAUCUUGCGCUUCCCCAUGCCGGACAUCGCUGAUGAUGAAGGCUCCGCUGAUUCUGAGGAAGAUUAGUGAACUGUGUACAUACAUUUCUCAAAACUGGAUUUAGAGCGCUUUUCACUUGAGUGUCGAAAAACCAAAAACUUAGUUAUCACGGCGACCUAUCAGAAGAAGGUAGAUAUCACAAGGAGCCAAUGAGAACUCAAAGCUACCUCAAGCGCGGGAAACGUCAGUGACCAGAACGCGAUUGGUUUUAGAUUUGUAUCUGAUUGGCUGAGGGAACUGCGUGAGUUGUGUAGACCAAUCACGUUGCGAAGUAAAGAAAACCAAUCUCAUCCUUGUUAACUUUCGACACCUAAUUGAAACUCGUUCUGAAACACCCAAAUAUUUAACAGGAUAUAGCUAACAAUAUAAUUAUCCAAAACUCAGGGAGACAAUAUUUUUAAAAGGUGAUCUAAGAUUAGCAAAUUCCCGUCUAUGUUAAACGAGCUUUUAUCCCACCUGAUCAACGUUUGUGAUAUCGUUUCAAAAAGUUGUGGUCGUGCAUCAUGACAAAGUACACUUCUAGUGUAGUGCAUUAUCACUUUUCUCUCGAUGUAGUCCAUACCGAUGUAGAUCGCCUCGUCAACCUCAUUCCCAGGUUUAGAGAGGAUCGUGAAUCGAGGUUGAUUGUGCAUUGUGUAGUGGAAACAUUAUGAUACUACAUAUUUAGUAACGAUAAUGAGAUUAUUAAUGGAUGAUAAAGAAGCCACAAAGAUGGUUAUUUCCCAGGCUGUGAGAAAGUCUCUUGGGCAAACAGGUCAUUCAACGGUAGAUUUUCAAAAACAUUUCAAUAAAAAGAAAACUUAUUGAAGCGAGGUUCGAUCUUCCUCGAGAGCGAUGUUUGAGACGACAUAGAAACAUCGAGCCCAGCAGAUUUUGGUAUUUGAAUUGAAAACAUUCAUUGAAUAAAAAUUGUUUUUAAGCGUCAAUAAAACAACAAACACAUUGAAAAAAAAAUUGGUUUGGUGCCUUUUGCCAAGAAAUAUCUCUAUAGCAAUUAGUUAAAAUUAAAAAUUAAAAUUAAAUACAUUUAUAUAGCGCAUAUAUUCCAUAAAUUGUCCAUGGCGCUUUACAAUACUCUAAAAACCGUAAAAAUUAAAAUCCUAAGAAUUAAAUACACUGUAACCACAAGUAAAAACUACAAAUCAAAUGCAC